AUGUCGCUCUCCACGGAACCCGAUGCAGACCUCAGCACUACACUGCAGUAUGCUCGUGACUACUUCAUUGAGAACCUCCCCUCUGGGUACGCCGCCAUGAGCUCCAACGAUCAGUCUCAAAAGCUUCGCAAGCGACAAGUGAUAGAGACGAACUGGAAUGCAUAUAUUGAAGACUGUGUCUCAGAAGAGAUUAAGCCGAAGCAAAGUGCCUAUAGAGGCCACAAAGCCAAGAUUGGCGAUGGAGCGCCAGCGAUACCCUGGUGGCAGUGGAGCAUGAAGUUCCUGAUUGCUCUCGACCGCCUUUCGGGUCUCACCAGGAGAAAGCUCUCAUUUGCUCGAGAACUGAAGUUGCUCGAGGUGCCAAAACGGCAUAAGGACAUGACCAACAAGGCAAGGCAGUGGUCCGAGCUCUCGGCCCAAGACGUUGACCUUAUCGUGGCUGGACUGUUGAAGAGGUUCGAGCAAGGCCCGGCCGAAGCCUCGGAAGACGGUGAGAGUGAAGACGAGUUGGCUCGUGACAAGGAGGAAGAGUGGCCGUACGUCAAGCGGGAGGUGCAAGAUGAGGUCAGCUUCGCGAAAACGGAAAGUCUCAAGGAAUCAGUGCAGCUCAAGCGCGAGAUCACCCACGAUGCAGAUGAGGACGUCGGCUCAAGCCCACGAAAGAAGGCCAAGCAGAACCACACGCCGGCGAAGGUUGCCACUCUCCGAGCCAGGGCUAUGCGCCACAAAGAACAGGCUCGCCGGCUCGAGGCAGAGGCAUUCGAGCUUGAGGCGAAGCAUCUUUCGGAGCUGGCCUGA